CCGAUUGUCUCAAAGGGAGAAGCGAAGGGGAGGCACCCAGGUCAGUGGUCAGUGUUAAUGAGUGUUAGUGAGUGAUCGGAGGCAGGGAGUGAUGUGUAAAGCCCUUGCCAGCCUCUCUUCCCAGAGAGAAAGAGUCUUGAGUUCGGAUCUGUCUGGAGCCCGCUUCCUUGCAGCCAUGAAGCUCCUGGUUGUGCUCUUGGCCUUGACUGCAGUCCCAGGAGGCCAAGCCGUGGCCAUCAGAGAAGCGCCCACUUCGGAGCCCAAGUUAAGACCGUUGAUCGAUAAAAUAUCCAUGUUCGGGAGGGAUGCCUACAUUGCCGUGGUGGAGACAUUCGAGAAAAUAUUAUUCUCUGCACCUAUCACAAUUGUCAACGCCCACCUGUUGAAAGCCUACGAAACCCUCCGGGAGCAAGAGAGAGAGCUUCUUCCGGAGAUCAGGGAAGCGAAGGAGAUCCUUGAUGCCGUCAUGACAAAGUUCUCUCGGGUUCAUCAUGAGUGGAACCUGAACCAAUACGAAUAUAACUUGGAAGGUGUCAAGGAGGCUCUGGCACAGUACGUCGACCCAGUGGCCUCCAAGGCGCUGAAGUACGUGGAGUGGCUGGAGGAGAACAUCAGACCAGUGGUGAUCGAAACGUACCGGCAGGCGUUCGAGAGACCCCGGGACCAGGUGCUGGAGUCCCUGAACAGCCAAGUGUCCUCUUACACCAAGGAGCCGCAAGCUAAAGAGCUAGAAGAAAUCGAGGAAAGCAUCCAGGCCUCAUUGGUCGAAGCAGGCAAGCAGCUCCGGCUGGGGAUGGAGACCCUCCACAAGCAGUUGAAGCCCUACCUGAUCCCGUUCCUCAAUGAGUACAAGAAGUACAAGCCAGCGCUCACAGAGUGGAUGGAAGCACCAUUUUUCCCCCCGCGGAAAAAAGACUGACAAAUCCUAGGCGAAAUGGUUCCCUCUGCAUCACGGAAUAAAUCUUCCCAAAUGAU